AUGGAAACAGUGAUAGUCAAGUUUGAAUGGUAUAAUGAAUUAUUGAAGAAACUUGAAGAUUUUUUCCCUAAUAGUCAAAAGCUAAGUGGUGAAUUACGGUGCGCUAUGGAAAGAAAGUGGAAGAAUAUGCAUGGAUUUAUUUGUUUAGUUGAUUCCUGGCCGAAGUUUACCACUGUCAUUUGGAAACCGGACUCAACUGAUAAUAGAUUAGAAUUCAUGAAGAAUCACCAUGUCAUCGUGACGAAGAGUAAGGAACAGUUUAAAAAGAUGUUACAAACUCCGGGCGUUAUCAAUUGGAAAUCCUGCUGUAGAUUUGCAGUCAUAAAUGAGAGAUUGUUUAAAAUCAUGAAGGAGGUCUCAGAAGAAAAUGGUGGAAAAUUCACCGCGCAUUGGUCUUUUUCUCCUUUGCAACCAAUUUUGCAAUUUGCAUUAGAAGUCUACGAUUCUUGGCUAUGGAACCGGUCAGUCUUAGUCGGAGAGAAUCAUUCACCAUCUAGUAUUAGUGACAUUGAUUGCGAAAGAUCGGUACCUGAAGGAUUUUCCCUGAAACCAUUGACCAAGGCUGACGUCGACAUGGUGGUGACAAAUUGGAAUUAUGUGGACGACGGACUCUUGGAAUACACUACAGCGCUAAUAAAAAGCUUUACAUCAGUUGCUUUGUAUAAUCAAGGGCAACAACUCGUGGGAUACAUGUUAGAAUAUAAUAAUGAAGAAAUUGGUUUCUUGCACUUAUUUGAAGAAUUCAGGGGUCAAGGUUAUAGUAAGGUCAUAGUAUCAAGCCUUGCCAAGAAAUUACUAGAAAAUGGCCGCAAAGUUUACGUUUGUAUUUAUUCUAACAAUACAGUAUCUCGUAAUCUUCAUAAAAGUCUUGGAUUCCAUGAGCAUCCUGAAAUUUAUUCUUGGUUAAUGGUGCAUGAUCCAUGCAACUAG